AUGCGUGGCUUGCUGAAUCCCGAAAACGAGGAGGACCUGGUGGCGGAUGAGGUGCAACGGAGUGCAUCCGAGCACCGGAGUGGUGGGCUCCAUCAGACGAGCGACGAAACCAUUGGCGACCAAGAGUUGAAGUGUUCCGUUGAUGUUUCGGCGGUGGGAUGCGGACAUCGCUGUAUCCACGAGCAUCUGUUGGCCAGGUAUUUGGUAUUCGUAUUGCCUUCCUUGAUUUGUUUGCGCUCUUUGGCCUCUUGGAUCGUCCGCCACUCGGGCAUUGGUUUGGACAAGGCUCAAAACUUCUUGAAGGACCUGCGGACCUGCAUCGGUGCAUCGGUAUCGGUUGCACCGUGGACACAACGUGUUGCCGAACGCAUUGCUCAAUGCGACCUGGUGAAGGACCACGAGAAGGACGAUGAAGGGCGGACCCCGGAAGAAUACCAGGAGUUGUUGAACCAGGGGCUGAGUAAGUUGCCUCCCUCCUUCAAAGGGAACACCUUUAGGAGCGCAGAACCUUCGGGAGUCGACGAGGAACUGGGAGCACCAGGCAGUGGUCUUUCCCGCCCUGGCAGCCCAUCGUCAUUGGAAGAUAUCACCCCCAGGAAGUUCUGUCUUGGCGCUACUUCCGGUCUAGUUGCGGCAGGCGCUUGGGCCGCUCGACUAGAGGUUGCCAGACUCCUGGAGAGCGGGUGUCACCCAGACCACCUCUUGUCUCUCAUACGCAGAGGCGAGGAGGGUUCCACUCCGCUGCGUCUUGACUGGGACGCCAGAGAAUGGAGUGAGUGUCCGGACAAGGACAGCGACCAGAGGUCCACUGCUUCAAGGCCGGCUCACGGGCCUUCAGACGACCGGUCUCGGUCACCGCUGAGGUCAGCCUGUGAACCAGGGGAGGCCGAGGAGUUCAAAGAAGUCGAAGAUCUUUUUGAAGGUGAAAAAAUGGAGGAUGUGAUCGCAGAACAAGCUGCCAUCCUGUCGGAGAUUGCCAAGAGCAAGGAUGACCCUCCUUGGUUGACUCCGAAGCCAUCAGAAUCUGGAGGUCCUCCCAUUGGAGGUAAGUCAAGUGGUGCAACGGUUCUUCGGAUGACCACGAACGAGCAGACCUUUUCCAAGGUAGCUUCACCGCCUCCAAGUGACUUCAAAACCGCUGCUCCGAGGCCUUUUAAACGCCAAGCAGACGCCCCAGUGGCGGGUGAGGAGCUUCCCGAUUUUAAACGGAAAGCUGUACCGCCGCCGCAGGGUGUGUUGCCAGAACCCAUCAAGGUGCCGCAGAGGCCACCACCUCCUCGCCCUGGGACAGGGGCGUCCGCAAACUCUUUGGGAGCCCGAGAGAAAGAAGACCUGGACAGGUUCGCAAGAGCGGCCGUCGAGAUCUACGAGGGCUUGGAAGUCGUUGGCAUUCACAUGGAUCUGAAGAAGUACGUGCGCACCAGCAAGGGGAUUGACAAAGAGAAGUUUUUGCUUCACACCGCACCGAACCGAGCAUCAACCGGUUUGCGGUAUGUGCGAGUGAUGAAAGGCAUUGUGGAGUGGGUAGAGACCUUUGACCCCAUUCCUGAGGAGGAGAGCGUCCCACCCCUCGAGAGACUGAGGUUGGUGGAGUACAUUGAGCUCCUCAUCCAGAAGGGGGUGGGGUACAACACACCCCAAACGUUGCUUUUCGCCAUCGACUUCUUCAGCAAGUCCUUCGGCUUCGAUCCGACUGGGGGCGAGUGGAAUCGCGCCAAGAGGUUGUCAGUGAAGUAUAAAAAAUCCAGACCAGGCCUGGCGAACAGGGCACCGCUUUUUGGAAAAGUUACGCUGGCCGCCCUGGAGAAGAUUGUUUUGGAUGACCUUGCAUCCACUCCCCAUAGGAUAGCGGCAGGAAAACUCAGGCUUUGUUGUCAAGCGUCUAUCCGGUAUGACGACCUGGUCCACACCCCUCUGAGACACCUGGAAUGGGUGCGCCGCAGAGGAGGGACCAGGGUUGUUGGACUGAGAGCCAGGACGACACAAGGCAAGAACAAAGCCAGACCUUGGGUAGCAUCGCUCAUGGCCACUUGUCGCAGCAGAGAUGGCUGGCUGAAUACCUUGGUGGAUCUGGUGCUGAUGACGCACGGUAUGUGCUGGCUCGAGGACGACCACUUUGGAAAAGAGGUCACGCGAGACGGCGAAGGCUUCACUAGACUCCCAGCUCGCCUGGAGACAGACGUUUACAUAGUCAAGGAGGCUCUCAGGCAGUUCCAACUUACAGGAGGUGACCCCGGUAUGACUGACCGGGAGCUAGAUCUCCUACGUUGGCAUGGGGGCAAAGCCACACUGACCACGCUCAUGCAGCACCUAGAGCUGGAUCCGAAGAUGAUCAGACUGGCUGGUGAUUGUUCCGCUAAGGAAGACACCAUGCCGGAUACUUACCUUCGAGAGGCUCAACUCAUGGUGCUUAAAGGGCAAGAAUCUUGCAUGGCCUACCUGAGAGCGGGUGGAGACUUCGGGGGUUUGGUAUCUAGUGGUUUGGUAGGUGGUGGACCCCCUCCCGGUGAUGGUGAGGUCUCGCGUCCGGCCGAUAGCCAUGGCGGCGGGGCAGAAGAACGCGGUGCCGAGCCAGAGGGCGCUGAGUCGAAGAAGCUGGCCGAGUUGGCGCGUCAGGCCGGCUUCCUGAGCGAAUACCAGGGGGUGGUCGGAAAAGAUCUCAACUCCAGCCUUUUUGACCGCGGGCUUGACGAAAAGGGAGAGCCUGUGGAUGAGAUCGUUGGAGAAGAGAGAGAAAGGGGAGCCAUCCCAGAGGAGAAAUGGGCUGACCUCCUGGAAUCCAACAACCCGGAUGAAGACGUCUACGUGGUCUACAACUUCGACAUGAGCCCACCUGCGGUGAAGUCGGAACCGACAGACGCCGAGGAGGGCAAAACCACAGGAGUGGGAGAGCUCUCGGAGGGGCUUAUGGACGCGGCGAGGCUUGAAGACGACGACAACGACUUGGAGAGCCACACCCUGAGGUUUGUGAUGUUGGACAAGCCCACCGCGAGCAGUCGCCUCCACCUGCCAUUCGUGGGAGCCUCUUCGGAGCCCUCGGCAUUGUUGGUGCCCACACCUCGUUGCGGUGCCAAGGGGAACUACAGCUUCCUGGGCGCAGCAGAGGGAGAUCUUCCCGCUACGUUGUUGCGUGCAGCUGUGCGCUUCGACGUGGCGGAGAGCGACUUCUUGUUGCUGCAGCACCUUGGGUUCCACUCACUGAACUCCCUGGCUUUUAAGCUUCCGAAGGCGGAGGACCUGGAGAGGUUCCUUGAGGACCACAUCCUGGGUUCCAGUGCUUACAAGCAAGGGGACGGUGUUGUGGUGACGUUCCCAAGGCAGCCGCCUGAGCAAUGGGCCACUUGGAAGUUGUCGGAUGAUGCAGCUGCGCUCCGAAGACUUUGGGCCUACGCCAGGGAGACCGCCAAGGGCGAGAUCGAGAGGAUGAGCAGCGGUGAUGAAUCUCGCCGCAAGAUUACGCUCAUCGAGGCCACGGCGAUGGAGAAUGCUGCUCUGGCCAGGGGCUGCCCAGAGCCAAAUAGUGACAAGGAGAGACCUUCCUUGUACACGCUCAACAAACUGGGAAAAGCCUUGCAAAACCCGGGCGCCACAUAUGACGUCCUCAGCUGGGAGUCCUAUCUAUCCAAGGAAGAGGAGGACAAACUCACCAGAGAAGGGAAGCUUCCAAAGCACGGGCAAACCGAGCUCAUCUUGGGAAGAGACUCCAGAGUGGUUGCCCGGGACCGCAUGGAUGAGUCCGUCCUAGGAGUGAAGAAGGUGAGUGAAAUGGAGACUCUGAGAGCCCGGCUUGACCUCCGUGCUCGCGCCGCUGAGAUGAUCGAUGUGGCGAGGUACACGACCAUGAGGUCGUUGUCGGACCGUUACUACUCGAAGUUGAACACCAGCCUGGCAGAAGGGAUGCGAGCACCGACACUCAAUGAACUCCGACGUUUUGACAGAGAGCUGCAAGUGACGAUCUACCGCCACCUCAGUAGAGGACAGGGGAACCUCGAGGACGCCAUCAGGUACUACGUGGAGAAUGACGGAGACUCACUUUGGAGGCUGUUGGACCCGGUUCUGCGCCAGCUUCCAGAUCAGGGCAUUGAAGCCGGUGCUGAGCACAUGAGCGAGAGCAAGGGGGAGAAGAGAAAGGCUGAGUCUGGCCAGCCUGCCGCCGCAUUGCCCGCUCCAGCCAAGGCGCUCAUCACCUGCCUGAUCUGUAAGAAGAAGCACGAGCCUUUGUGCCCUCUGCCUGAUGAUUUCCGUCAGAAACAACGGGACAGGAAGAAGGCAAGGCGAGCUGAGAAGCGCGUAGCAAAGGCUAAGGCAAAAGCUGUACUCCAAUUCCAGACUGGUGACGAGAGGGAGUACCCGCUGGGCUUCUGCCAGGAGUAUGCCAAGGCGGCGGGGCUGGUUCUGGGGGAAGAGGGGAUUUUCGUUGAAGUUUUCUCAGGUCCCAACGCGCCGUUGAGUGUCAGCGUUGGAGCAGAGAUUGGAUGCCCCGUCCCCGGCUGUAAGCUGGAACGUCGGGGAAAAGGGGAUAGAAUCGAGCUGCAAAACCUGUCUCAACUAGUUGGAGUCGACCCGCUUGCAGCUUUGCGAGCGAGUAACCCUGGCAAGCGAGUUAGGCCGCUUGUGUCGGAACAAGAAGCUUUUUAUAGGAGCGCAGCCGUGAGCGCGGCUAGACAGCCCGGAUAUGGGAAGAGGGAGCAGCUGAUUCCAGACGGCAUGCAGGACCCCUCAGGCCAUAUAGAAGCGGCUGUUAAGCUUCAUCAUCCUUUCUCCCUAGAAGGUUCCAUUAAGGUUGACCACAGGGAAGCCUUGCUCAGGAUGAAAACGCUGGAAGGCAAUGCCUUAAAGGAUAGGAUGAAGACGUUGGCAGAGUGGAGGACUCUCGCAGCUUCCGAGGAAGUCUUGUCAGUGCAGGCGGUACACGAAACCCAGGCCAGCGAUUGCGCCAGGAAGCUAGGGCGCAAGCCCCGCACCGCUCUCAUGGAGGUUUUGGGCCUCAAGCAUGGGAUAGAAGAUGAAGCGGUACCAAGGCUCUGCCUCACAGGAAUGCCAAUAGUUGGUAAGGCCUUGGAGUCUCCGUUCUUUCAUCCUUACCACGUUCCAGCGUCGGUGACAGUGGCUGAGCUGCUGAGCUCUUCCCCCCGUAGACGGCCAGGCACCUUGAAAAGGGUGAAGCUUAUGGGCCAGGCGGGAGGCGACACCAUGGCGAGGGCCAUCUGGGAGAAGACCCUCAAAGAAGUUGCGGCAGGUUCUAUGGCAGGGCCGUACACCCUGAGUCAGAUGGAGGAGAAGCACGGGAGGUACCUGAACAUAGUCCCAAGCUUCGGUCUGAAACAGGGUGAGAAGUAUCGAAGAAUUGACGACCACACGGCUUCGCACAACAACCUUGCCGCAGAAAGGACACAGCAGAUACAAAUGGCCAUGGUUGACUAUCUAAUGGCCAUGGUCUCAGCUAUGGGCAGAACCUUUCGAGGUGGCCUAUGUAUUGGGACAGAAGACAUGGCUGGCGCCUACCGGCAAGUCCCUCUGACGGAUAGCCAGGUACGGAUCUCGGUCACAGCAGUCUACAACCCCGAGCACCGCAGAGUGGACCUGUUCGAAAUUUUUGGGCAGCCCUUCGCCAAACUUCUACAGAGUAGCAGAAUGGGCCUGCAGGCUGAUGGUUCGAGCAUACAACGUGAUGAUCGACCACUUCUUUGA